UUGAUAUAGUUUGAGAAUAAACUUGUGGGUGUGGCUUACAGACAGCAGAUCACAUGCGUGGAACUGGAUGUUGCUCAAGCAAAUAAAAUAUCUGUGCAACAUAUCUGUUUCAUGUAAUCGAGCAGGAAAAGGUCUGCCAGAAUCCAUCCACCUCCUGGCCUGCAGAAAGAACCGAAACAUGAGCACAGCAGGAAAAGUAAUAAUAUGCAAAGCAGCUGUGCUAUGGGAGAUAAAGAAACCCUUUUCCAUUGAGGAGGUGGAGGUAGCACCCCCUAAGGCUCAUGAAGUCCGUAUAAAGAUGGUGGCCACAGGAGUCUGUCGGUCAGAUGACCACGUGGUUAGUGGAAACGUAGUCACACCUCUUCCUGUGAUCGCGGGCCAUGAGGCAGCUGGCAUUGUGGAGAGCAUUGGAGAAGGGGUGACUACAGUAAAGCCAGGUGAUAAAGUCAUCCCACUCUUUACUCCCCAGUGUGGAAAAUGCAAUGUUUGUAAACAUCCGGAAGGCAACUUCUGUGCGAAAAAUGAGUAAGUUUCCAUUACUCUCCUUACACAGCCAAUGAAUUUGCACACUCCCAAAGGUAAAAACUGCUGGCAUUAUGCUAACACCAGCACCUUCUCCCAGUACACAGUGGUGGACGAGAUCUCAGUGGUCAAAAUCGAUGCAGCCGCACCACUAGAGAAAGUCUGUCUGAUUGGCUGUGGAUUCACAACUGGCUAUGGGUCUGCCAUUGAAGUUGCCAAGGUGACGCCAGGCUCCACCUGUGCGGUGUUUGGCCUGGGAGGAGUCGGCCUGUCGGUUGUCAUGGGCUGUAAAGCGGCUGGAGCAGCCAGGAUCAUUGGGGUGGACAUCAACAAAGACAAAUAUGCGAAGGCGAAGCAAGUGGGCGCCACCGAGUGCAUCAGCCCACAGGACUUCAAGAAACCCAUCCACGAGGUGCUGAAGGAAAUGAGCGGUGGAGGUGUGGAUUUUUCAUUUGAAGUCGUUGGUCAGCUUGACACCAUGGUGGCUGCCUUGGCAAGCUGUCAAGAGGCAUAUGGCGUAAGCGUCAUUGUAGGAGUACCUCCUGAUUCCCAGAAUCUCUCUGUGAACCCCAUGCUGCUAUUGGGUGGGCGUACCUGGACAGGAGCAAUUUUUGGUGGCUUUAAGAGUAAAGAUUCCGUCCCAAAACUUGUGACUGACUUUAUGGCUAAGAAGUAUUCAUUCGAUCCAUUAAUAACCCAUGUUUUACCUUUUGAGAAAAUAAAUGAAGCAUUUGACCUGCUUCGUUCUGGAAAGAGUAUCCGCACCGUCCUGACAUUCUGAGGCUAUACAAAUGAUGUGAAGUCAUUUUUCAGACAAAUAUUUAAACACAAAGUGAAAUUUAGAUGAGCUAUCAGCUGAGUAAUUGAAUCCAAUAAACAUUUCUUCUUAAUCACUCCACUCACGUUGCAUGGUGUCAUCUUUCCCAUUAAGGAAAAGGAUUUCUUUGACUUCUUGCACGUUUUGUAC